AUGUUUUUCUUUCUAUUUCUAAAAAGAAGAGUAAUUUGUUCUAUUAAUGAGAGUAAAAAUGUGAAUGAAAAUUUAAAUGAAGAUCUAAAUCCCAAUGACAAUAUAAAUCAAUUAAAAUCUAUGAUUGGAAAUGAUGAACUACAUAAGAAUUUAACGAUACUAGAAAAACUUAUUUUAGAUUCUUUAGAAAAUGAUAAAUUAAAAUUCCCUCUAGUAAAACAAGAAACCGACAAGUAUUUGGAUUUAUCUAAAUUUAAAAAAAAAAACAUAAAUGAUGCAGAUGAUGAUCUAUAUAUUGUACCAACUAUACAAUCAAGUUUUUAUGAUAUUGCAAAAUAUGAAAAUUUAUUAAAGGAACAAUCAAUAGAAUAUUAUAAUGCAAAUAUUUCAGAUUUAAUUAAAAAAAAAUUACUUAUUGUAAGAACAUUAAAAACAAUAAAAUUGAUGCUUAUACCAUUAAAUUCUUAUAAAGAAAAAAAUAAUUUAAAAAUUGCACUAGAAGAAUUAAAUAAAGUAUUUAAAAAUAAUGUAAAUGAAUCAGAAAAAAAGCGUUUAUUGAAUAACCAUCGCGAAACAUUCAGAAAUAUUUUAAAUGUUGUUGAUGAAAUUAAAAAAUCAAAAGAGAUCAUAAAUAAAGGUGAAGCUUUAAUUCUUGGAGAUACUAAGAUAGAUCUAAUGAGUACAAAUGACUUUUUUUUUACAACCAACAGUAAUAUAAAAUUUAUGGAAGAAUUAGAUAAUAUAUCAAACCAAUAUGGAUUAGGUUUAAUUACCCAGAUUGGUCCUCACCUUAUAG